UCAGAUUUCUAAUUGAACAGCGCGAUUUCUGUAAAUUGCAUAAUAUUACCAAAAUGGACGAUGGUUCAAAGAAAGGAAAUAUUCCCGAUGACGAAAAGGCCUUAGAGCAAAUAAAAUCGAGCGUGGAUCAACCUGAAUCUCAAAAACUCAGUGCAACGCCACACGAGAGACAACUCAAAGAGCAAGUUGGAGAAAAGACAAAAGAGAAACCUGAUAUAAAACAAAAACCCGUACUUGAAGAAAAAUUGAAGAAGAAGGCAUUUUUAGCGGGAGUUGCUGGCAACAAGGCAGUACCUUUUGGAGGACCGCCGGGAAUGAACCCGAUGGAUUUUAGAGAAGGAAUAGAACCAGAACAUAUUCAAGAAGGUUUUCAAGAAAGGAACCAACCACCACACGAUCAAAAUGCUAUUCUAGAAGAAAUGGAGGUAAUCCGUCAAGAUAUUGGUAAUUUACGUCAAGAAUUCCGCGACGAAGUUGGGGAGCUUCGCAAUGGCAUGAACCAAAUUAUGGCUUUGCUUAUGGAGCAGAAUCAACAAAGACAACAAAGUCAGCAACCCUCAAACGACAUGGGGCAGCAACCCUCAAGCGACAUGGGACAGAGCAACCGCGAUCGCCAAUAG